GGUGGAUUUCUCUGACGACUUCAUUCUGUGACAACACGGGAAAACAUGGCGUCGUUUGCGGGGGAUCGCUGGAGGGAAGCGCUGAAGAACCACGAUAUUUUUAGUAAAUUACAAGAGAGGCUUAAUUUAGAGCCUCAGGGGACAAGCAAAAGAAUAGCCAAGAACCUUACGUUUUGUCUGAACGGUGACCUAUUCAUAUGGGACAGUGUUGAGAGCGUGUUUUACACCACAAACCUGCGACAGCUGAACACCGACGGCGACACAGACACUUCUAAAUACCAGACUCUGCUGUGCAUCAACCCGCCGCUGUUUGAGGUGUGUCAGGUGCUCGUCAGCCCCGCGCAGUAUCAUGUGGCUCUCAUCGGUCAGCGGGGAGCGACGAUACUGGAGCUGCCUCAGCGCUGGGGCAAGAGGUCAGAGUUCGAGGGUGGCCGCGUCCAGAUCAACUGCAAGACGAUUCCUGUGGCUGAACGUUUCUUCACUAGUUCUCCCUCUGUGACGCUCCGACAGGCUGCCUGGUAUCCCAGCGAAACUGAGGAGCCUCAUCUGGUUUUUCUGACCUCCGAUAACACCAUCAGAAGCCUGUCGAGAGCUGCUCCAUUGAUCUUCCAUCUUUCUCUUAGUGUCAGUAAUUUAGGGAAGCCGAUGGGCCCAUUACCCAUGUACCCCGCAGCAGAAGAUAACUAUGGCUAUGACGCGUGUGCUGUGCUCUGCCUGCCUUGUGUGCCAAACAUUCUGGUUAUUGCCACUGAAUCAGGAAUGCUGUACCACUGUGUGGUGCUGGAGGCAGAGGAAGAGGAGGAUGGCGGAGCUGUAGAGAGAUGGUCCAGAGGCUCAGAGACGGUGCCUUCGCUUUAUGUGUUUGAGUGUGUGGAGCUGGAACUGACACUCAAACUGGCUGCUGGGGAGGAGGAAGAGGAGAUUACAGAGUCAGAUUUCACCUGUCCAAUCAGAUUACACCGAGACCCUCUGUGUCAGCACAGGUACCACUGCACACAUGAGGCCGGUGUACACAGUGUAGGACUCAUCUGGUUCAAAAAACUACACAAGUUUCUGGAGUCUGAUGAGGAGGAUAAAGACAGUCUGCAGGAGCUGGCAGCAGAGCAGCGCUGCAUAGUGGAGCACAUCCUGUGCACCAGACCUCUCGCUAACAGUUUGCCGGCUCCUGUUCGUGGGUUUUGGAUAGUGUCAGACCUGUCCCUGGGAGCCACCAUGAUCUGCAUCACGAGUACCUACGAGUGUCUCCUGCUCCCUCUGCUAAGCUCUAUUCGUCCACCGUCCCCUCCAUUGCUCUGCUCUCAUCCGGGGGCGGGGUCAGGAAGCUCUCCUCUGCGUGGAUUGGCUGAAGACUCCUUUGAACAGCAUAUUCGCAACAUCCUGGCACGCAGCUCAACCAAUCCAUUAAUGCUGAGGGCGGGUGAUAAGGACUUGUCUCCUCCUCCUCCAGAAUGUCUGCAGCUGUUGAGCAGAGCCACACAAGUGUUCAGAGAGGAGUACAUCCUCAAACUGGGCCUGGCUCAUGAAGAAAUGCAGAGAAGAGUAAAGCUCCUGACCAGCCAGAAGAAUAAGCAACUGGAGGAUCUUGCUCUUUGUAGAGAAGAGAGAAAAAGCCUGAGGGAGGCUGCGGAGCGGCUGGCUGAUAAAUAUGAAGAUGCCAAGUAUCAUCAGGAAGCCAUCAUGAACAGAGUAAAACAGGUUUUGGGAAGUCUGCGGAGUCAACUUCCUGUGCUGUCAGACAGUGAGAAGGACAUGAGAAAGGAACUGCAAACCAUCCACGAUCAGCUCCGUCACCUUGAAAACGGCAUUAAACAGGUGAACAUGAAGAAGGAAUAUCAGAAGAAGCAGAUGAAUACAGGAGCAUCUCCGGCUCGCUCCAGUCUCACACUCAAUGCCCACCAGAGGAAGUGUGUCCAGGGAGUGCUGAAAGAACAGGGAGAGCACAUCGCUGGCAUGAUGAAGCAGAUCAAGGACGUUAAGAACCAUUUCAGUUUCUGACCAUCAGCAAUCAACAGUCUUCAAAGGCUACAGAAGAGCCAAAUAGCAUCUUCGUAGAGCUCCUUUAAAGGACAGUACUUGACCCAAACCUCUCACAUUCAGAAGUUCUUGAAGAAGAAAAUUGCUGGGAUUUUGGUAUAAACUAGUUUGUCUAUUUUUUAUUUAUUUAUAUAUAAGUAGUAUGUACAUGUACACAUCUCCUUGACAAUAAAGAGUUUUGUACAUUGAA